CAUCUUUCACACGAUUAUCAACAUCAGUAGAUGAUAGAUUUACAUUUAGUUUUUAGGUUUGCAUAUAUAUAAUUUCGCACUCAUAAGUUAACUAAGUAGCUUUUCCGUAGCAUGAUUUCUCCUGCUCCAUACCGUACAACUGCUGCGCUUAUUCCUGUUGUAGCUGCAGCCCAGCAUAGUAAGUCUACGUUGCACGAUCCACUCCCACAUCGGAAAGAGACCGUCUGGAAGGACUUUUGAGGUUCAUGUCAUUCACAUUUUCUCAUGAAUUUACUUUGUUUUUUACUAGAACUAGAGUGGAAGUAGAAGUACCUGUUUCUAUCACGACCAGAUUUUGUUUCACCCGACCUAGCAUUCGUCCCCUAUGACAUGUGCUAGAAUUCAUUUCCGUCCCACAGCAGCAGCCGGAGAGUUUUGCAUGAAGUUGUAAGAGGAAACUGCAACUUAGAAGCAAAAUUCUGGACACGAAAUACGAAUGUCACCCUCUCUUUCUUUAUCGUUGAAUUUAGUUCACCACUACAU